UUGUAAAUGAUUACCCAAAUAAGCUGCCAACAAGUUAUCUUCCAUUCCUUCAACUUCACACCCACCGCAUGCUGCAUCACAUAUAAAUAAGUCACCGGAUAUUUCAAUAUGACUUCGGAAGCUCAGCCCAUCCCGUAUAUCCACCUCCUUUGCAUGCAUGAAUCGGCCUCGGAUGCCUUCACACGAGUGCUAGAAGAGUAUGGAAUUGAGCAGUCCUUGCUUAACUACACAAUCCACAAUACCUUCCUGUCUGACCUACCACCAUCCCUGAAUUUCGAUUUGGUAGUGUCACCAGCAAAUUCAUAUGGCCUUCUAGACGGUGGCUUCGAUGAUGCGAUAUCGCGGGCCUUCAGCCCAAAAACGGAUUAUCACGCUCUUACACGCGUUGCACAGAAAGAGCUAUACCGUCUGCAUAGCGGCUAUCUCCCGCCUGGCUCAUGCUGCAUCGUCAAAAUGCCAGAGUCGUUCCGUGGAACGUUGAGGUAUCACGACGGGAACGGAUGGGGUUGUCGCUAUCUGGCUCUAUGUCCCACCAUGCGUGUUCCCAGCCGCUGCGAUUGGGACAGAGACGUUGUCUACGAAUGUAUCUGGAGCUUGCUGAAUGCGAUCGAGCAGCAUAAUAGAUCCGCAACGGAGGGGGGCAGUAGUGCCGGCUCAACAAAAAUAAAAUCUAUCUUGAUGACACCAUUGGGUACUGGUACAGGAGGUAUCAGCGACGACAAAUGGGCAAAGCAGAUGGUUCUGGCCAUCAAACAUUUCAUCGAUGCGAAGCAGCAUCCCGAGAAAUGGUCCGCGAUGAGCUGGAGCGAAACCGGGAAGAUUGAUAUGCAGUUAUUGAAAACUCAGAACCCGAGGCUAUUAACACAGUACUACCAGCGCUAGGUUUACAACUAUUAAUACACGUUAUAGACUUACGUAUUAAAGCAAAGUAUCUACGAAAUUAUACGAGCGGCCAUUGCACAUCGAGAGCGUGAAUAUAACGUUAAUGACGUAGUAAAUAGCUACACGAGUCCCC